AUGCCCCUCCCAAAAACAAUCCGUACCCUCCUCCAACCAACCGCCCACUCACCAACCCUAACCCUAACCCAAACACCACUCCCAACCCGCAACCCAGCCCCAAACAGCCCAGAACACCUCAUCCAAGUCAAAGCCUGCUCACCCUGCGCCGGCGAACUCCUCUGGCCAAAGAACUUCCCCCCACCCACCCCGCGCCCCCUCAUCCCCUGCCCCGACAUGGCCGGCAUCGUCAUCUCCGCCCCAGCAGACUCCCCCUUCCAGCCCGGCGCGGAGGUGUACACGCGCACAAAUUACACGAGGCCUGGAAACGCCAGGGACUAUUCUAUUGCUGUUACGGAUGAGUUGGCGUUUAUGCCGAAGGGCUUGGGGUUCGUGCAGGCUGUUUCGGUGCCGCUUUCUGCUAUGACUGCGUGGCAGAUUAUUUUUGUUCAUGUUUUUGGGUCUGGGUCUGGGGUUGAGGGAGAGGGAGAGGGAAUGGGAAUGGAACAGGCCAGGGCUGUUUGGGCCGGAAAGAGGGUUCUUGUUACUGCGGCUUCGGGGGGUGUUGGGAUGUGGGUUGUGCAAUUGGCGAGGAUGCUUGGGGCGGUGGUGAUUGGGACGUGUGGGAGUGGGAAUGUCGAGCUUGUGAGGGGGCUUGGGGCGUCGGAGGUGCUUGAUUAUCGGGCCGUUGAUCUGAGAGAGUGGGCUGGGAAGAAGGGGAAUGCUGUUGAUGUUGUGGUUGAUUGUGUUGGGAGACAGUCUCUGGCUGAUGCUUGGUGGACUGUUCAGGAUGGGGGUGUUGUUUUGAGUAUCUAUCAGCCACCCCGGGAUGUUUGUCCUGCUGAGUUCAGGGGGUCGGAGGUGAAGGAUGUGUUCUUUGUGAUGCAGCCUGUUAGUAGGCAGUUGGAGGAGAUUACGAAGUUGGUUGAGGCUGGGUUGUGUCGGGGUAUGGUUGAUAGUGUUUGGCCGCUGGAGCAGUUUGGGGAGGCCUUCAAGCGACUGGAUGGGGGUCAUGCGAAGGGGAAGAUUGUUUUUGAUCUGGAGCUGAAUCGGUGA